AUGGACCUGGAUCCGAACCUAGUUAUCAACCAUGACGAUACGAACUUGUCUGAGAUAUCAUAUACAAUGGAACAAGACUCAUCAAGUUAUUCUUUGGAGAUGGGCGGAACACCGUCAUCUGCCGGUCACCGAAAGGUCGAUAUGUGGCAGAAUCACAAUUUUGACAGCGGUUUCCAAACCAUGAAUCACAGCGAGGCUCCAUCUAUUAUCUCCUCGUUGCAUCCCUCGUCGCAUCUGUCGGGAAUGUCCUCGAUGGCAGAGUACGAACCGAUUCCCAAUUUGUCAGAACAGCAGAAACAGAAGUUUGAUGGGAUCACCAAAAAUCCAACCGACGGGCAGUACAACACAGUUCGCGCAAUUCCAGAACUCACAAUGUUGAUGAAAGACCAAGACAAUGAAGUGGUCCAAAAGGCUGUGAUGAUCAUGCAAAAUAUUGCGAAAAUGGAAUGUGAUGCUAUGAGACGACAGAAUGAGACCAAAAUCGUAGAUCCAUGUGUCAUCUUUACAUUGCGAAACUUGCUUCGGGACAAAGUGGAUCACCCGAAUAUUAUUCGAUUCACUUUGGGAACACUUUUCAAUAUUUGUAACCGCCAAGAGGGAAUUGAUCUUGUCACUAGAGCAAUCAGCGAGCAGCCCGACAUCAUUCCGAAUCUUAUCAGACAUAUUGGUACGUUCGCAAAUUCUAUCUACAAAUACGCGAUUCUUACUAUGCAUUCGAUUUUGUCCGAUAAGCAGAGAGGAGGACAAAGUGUGACCAUCGCGCGGCAACAAGAUGCGAUCAUUCAUGUGACGCCUUGGCUGGAAGCGGAGAAAUCGGAGAAACUUCUUCCUGUUAUCGUCGACUUGAUCAGAGUUCUAUGUGAAAAGAAUACUGACCAAAAGGUCAAGUUUGUGAAGAUGGGAGGACCACAGAAACUGCUCCAUAUUCUGCAACAACGAGGAUAUGAGAAUCUGUUAUGGAGAAGCACUCAGUUGUUGAAGACGUUCUCGAAUUUCGAUGCACCUUGUCUAGUGGCUUUUGGUGGGCGCCAAAUUCUUGCCGGUAUGUUGUCCCACGGAAGUCCACGAUUAGUCCUCUCAACACUGGAAACACUACGAAAUAUAAGUGAUGUGCCUAGCAAGAUGAAAGAGGAACUUCUUCUAAAAUCUCUGCUAGAACUAGUCAAUUCUAGAAAUGCCGUUAUCCGUUUAUACUCAGCCCAAACUAUGUCCAACUUGGUAGCCAAUAAUCGACCGAAUAAGGAAUAUAUGUGUUCUAACAAUGGUGUGGUCAAUUUGUGUAGAGCGCUUGCCAUUGCAACCAAAGACUGGCAAAAUUUUCAAGACAAGGAGGCUCAACAAAUGGAAGAUUAUGCGGAAAGCCUUAUCUGCACAUUACGGCAUCUGUGUGUUGGCCAUCCGUUGGCGGAAAAAGUUCAGGCUUACGUUUUUCGAGAGCCUUCGAUAUUUCUACACAAACUCAUGACAAUGCGACCAGUGUUGCUGAAACACACGCUGAAUCUUCUUCUAAAAGUUGUGAGUCAAAAUGCACUUUUAGCCCCAUUUCUGCUUUGUCGGAUCGGAGAAAUCGGAUUUGUGGAGCAACUCAUCCACAUUUUGCGAGUUGCCUGCACACAACUAAAUGUGCAGGAUGUGAUAGAAGGUGUCCGCGUCAAGGAUAUCGUGCAUUUAUGUAUUCAAAUUCUUCGAUUGAUCACAAGAAAUCCAGAUAUUUUGAAUGAGGUGGAUUUCUUCCUCCGUUCCCCGGAAAACAGUCGAAUGGGCGAUGGCCAUACUCUUCCAAUUUUUGUACUACAAAAAGCAAACGUAGAAGAGAACACAAAGUCAUCAACAUUAGAGCUGAUCUACAAUCUGAUGCAUCAUGAAAAAAUGGCUGAUCAUCUCGAGCGAGAUGAAAUUCUAUGCAAAAUGCUUCACAGUGUACAGAUGCAAGCAGCAAAUCAUCCCGAAUUAGCAAAUUUGGCAGCAAACAUUCUGAAACUAAUGUCCGAGAAACGAGAACGCAAUAGGAUUCAUUACGGGAGACACGGUAGUUUUGAGAGCCAAUUCGGACAUCUUAGCGUGGCUGCUCAGAGAACAGAGGUGUUGAAUAGUCACGGAGAAACUUAUGAAGGUGCUGGAGAGCAAUGGUCGCAGCCCAUGAGCGAUGACUCUAUGAUGGAAUCAUAUUGUAACAGUUCUGGAAGGGAUUCGUCGAAAACCUACAACUCUCCAAUGUACCACUCCCCGCCAUCUAUGUAUCCUGAAUAUCCUAACGGACCACCUUCGGGACCAUAUUACGAUCCUCAUGCUUUUACGUCCACUCGACCGACACCUCCGCACUAUGCAAAUUAUGAUAGUCCUCCAGUUUAUAAUAAUAUUCCUUCUAACCAAGGACCUAGUAGCCACUUGUCGGAUCAGUAUCCAUACCGGCAAGGGCGGUUUUAA